AUGUCUCUUAUUAAUACUAGAUGGGCCUUCAAUGUAUCUAACUGGAAACCCACAGAAGAACAGGUAUUGGCUAUAUCAAGCUUUAUACAGCCAGAAGAAAAACAAAGAAUCUCCAGAUUUGUUUUUCAAAAAGAUGCAAAGUCAAGUUUAAUUGGGAGACUUUUAAUUAGGAAGUAUCUAGGUGCUGUUACUGAUAUUCCAUACCAAAACAUAAAGGUAGGACGGGAUAAACUUGGAAAGCCAUACUUGUUAGGAGGUGGGGAUCUGGCAGUAGACUUUAAUGUAUCUCACCAGGCCGAUUUUGUGGUAUUGGCUGGCAACACUAAACAAAAAAUUGGCAUUGAUGUUAUGAAAACUGAGCCACUAGUUGGCAAGGAUGUGGUAGAAUUCUUUCGUCUCAUGAGAAGACAAUUCACUGAUGCGGAAUGGCUGAAAAUUGAAAGUUACAAAACUGAGGCUGAAAAAUUAGCUAGUUUUUACAGAACAUGGUGUUUAAAAGAAAGUUAUGUCAAGAAUAGAGGCAUUGGAGUUGCAGCUUUUCCUCUUGACACUCUAAGUUUUUUCAUAUGUGAAGAGUUAAAACAAGGAGAAAUUAUAACUAGCACAAAGCUGAAAGAAAAAAAUAUAUUAAAGGAUUACGUAUUUGAGGAGACAAUAUUAGAUGAGUCGUAUAUUGUAGCUGUUGCAUUAGAAAAUACCAAUACUUAUGUAAGAGAAGAUGCACCAUUUAUAUUCUUAACUAUAGACGAUCUGUUAAAUGAUGCCAAGUCUUUGAGUGGACCAGAUCCUGGUUUUGUUCGAGACUUCCUUGGAAAGAAGGAGAAACCUUACUAA